UGUGGCCACGGCAGGAAAGAAAGUUGUGAGGCUCCAUUACUUAAGUAAUUAAUAAAAGUACAACUGAGUCAACAGAGACAAAGUAAAGUGUUAAAAGUGUUAUUAAAUAUAAAUAUUUUAUUUGAUAAAACGCGCAAUUGAAAGAUGAAAGUGUUUUUGCUCUAAAUAUGCUGGGGAGACCUUGAUAUUGUGUUGUGCGAGUAAAACAAGGAAAACGCACUUUUGAUUAGCAAUUAACUUAGUUAAAAUAUAACGCAGCUUCUUCAAGUAUCCCGGCUGCAAUAUGGAAACGGAGUCCCUGAAUCGCAAGAACUCCUCACGCAAGAGCUCUGUUGUGAACGGCAACGGAGAUGCAACCACCAAGUUGACAAACGGCGAUGAGACAACAGCUGCUGAAGGCGGUGGCGGUGGUGGCGGCGAAGUGACACUAAAAGCCAAAAUGAGUUUAUUGAAUGGCUGCACCGUCAUUGUGGGCUCAAUCAUUGGCUCCGGCAUCUUCGUCUCGCCCACCGGCGUGUUGAUGUAUACGGGCAGCGUUAAUUUGGCAUUGAUUGUGUGGGUCAUAUCCGGACUCUUCUCGAUGGUGGGAGCCUACUGUUACGCCGAGCUGGGCACCAUGAUAACAAAAUCUGGAGCUGACUACGCGUAUAUUAUGGAAACUUUCGGACCAUUCAUGGCUUUCAUACGCUUGUGGAUCGAGUGUAUGAUUGUGCGACCCUGUUCGCAGGCCAUCGUGGCGCUAACGUUCAGCACCUACGUGCUGAAGCCCUUCUUUCCGGAGUGCACACCACCCGAGGAUGCGGCAAGGCUGCUCGCCGUUUGCUGCAUAUUGGUGCUAACAUUAAUCAAUUGCUGGGACGUUAAAUGGGCCACCGCUGUGCAGGAUAUAUUCACAUAUGCAAAACUGCUGGCCUUGUUUGUCAUCAUUGCGACGGGCAUGUACCAGCUGUAUAUGGGGAAUGUGAAGUACUUUACGUUCGACAAUAGCGAUACGCGCGUUACUUCCUUGGCAUUGUCCUUCUACUCGGGCCUGUUCGCCUACAACGGCUGGAAUUACUUGAACUUUAUCAUUGAGGAGCUGAAGGAUCCCGUCAAGAAUCUGCCACGCGCCAUUGCCAUCAGCUGCACACUUGUCACCGUCGUCUACGUCAUGGCCAACGUAUCCUUCUACACCAUCCUGUCGCCGGAAGAAGUUUUAGGUUCCUCUGCAGUGGCUGUGACCUACGCGGAGCGCGCGUUUGGCAUGCUGGCCUGGACCAUACCAGUUUUUGUGGCAUUGUCCACAUUCGGUGCCGUCAAUGGCAUUUUGCUCACCUCUUCGCGUCUGUUCUAUGCGGGCGCCAACGAGGGGCAGAUGCCAGAGAUCUUAACCAUGAUUCAAAUUCAACGCUUUACGCCCACGCCCGCUGUGCUGGCCAUGGCUCUGCUAUCCAUGCUGUAUCUUACGGUCUCCGACAUCUUUGCGCUUAUCAACUACGUGGGCUUUGCGACUUGGUUGAGCAUUGGCGUUGCGGUUCUCUGCCUGCCCUGGCUGCGCUGGGCUCAGCCCAACUUGCCACGCCCCAUUCGCGUGCCCCUGGUAUUCCCAAUUGUAUAUCUAAUUGCCACCGUCUUUGUCACUGUUGUGCCCAUGUAUGCCAGCCCCGUGGAGACAGGCUACGGCAUACUCAUGAUACUGUCGAGCAUACCCGUCUACUUGGUGUUCAUUGCCUGGAAGAGUAAGCCCAUAUGGUUCCAGAAGUCGAUGGGCGGACUUACACGAGCACUACAAAAACUGAUGAUGGUUGUGCGUCCCAAAGCGGCGUCAAAGUAAGCCUCACACACUUCCUGCAAAAGCUGCUCAUGGUACUCGGCAAGCAGACGAAACCAGCUCAGGUGUAGAGAUUAGUGCGUGUAUGAUGGGGAGAUGAUGGGGCAACAGCCAUUGUUGCCAGAGACUACUCUGAAAUUAUUAAGCAGAUGGAGACAUCACGUUAGCCAACAGCAAAUGAUAGCAUUUAAAAUAUAAAACUAUACAAAAUGUAUAACAAAAAUUUGGUAAAAAUCAAAAAAAAAAAAAAAGAAAAGAAAUGAAAUUACAAUAAUUUAGCUUUUGUGCAGCCAGGCAAUAACGCAAAUAAAUACACAAGAUUCCAAAGCUCGACGCGCUUUGAAAUACAAUUCUCAAUUUUAAAGCGCGCCCAGCUCCAACAACAUAACUACGAAUAGAUAUAUUUUUAUAUAUGUUUUAAGCUUACACCCUUAAGCCCCAUGCAACACGUUUCAUUGUCUCAGCACACAAAGCUUUGGUGCCAAUUGCAAGACUGUGAAAAAAACAACAAAUGCAAACUACAAGGGAACUCGAAAUGAUAAUUGCCCAAAGCUAAAUGUUGCUUGAAAGGAAAUAUAAAUUUACCGUUGGCUUUCAAAUUUAAGCAGGUACGAAAGAUAUAGCAUUGUUGCACACAUUUAUAUUAAUAUGAAUCUAUGUUUCCAUUCAUUCAUUCGCAUCAAUUAUUUUACAAGAGAAAAUGUUCAACUCGCAUUUAAUUAGUGUUUGUAAUUGGCAGCGCUUUUAAGAAUGUUGAUUAAAAUAGUUUAGAAAUUAGUUCGACAUGCUUCACAUACUCAGAAACAUUUUUGCAUUUUAAGUUUAAGUCUUAAGUAUUCUCUAAGUUCAAGUUUCGAAGGCUUUUUAUUAGAUCUGCCAACUGCCAACUUUAUGUAGUUUUCGAAACUAUAAGCAUCCAGAUGAAAUCCAGUUACCUUAUACCCUAACUACAAUAGAGUACAUCGCAAGUCGCACAUAUCCAAAACUGACAAAUUGUUCAAAACAUUGCCAAGAGACACGAAAACAAACAUAUUUAUCGAAAAUUGAAUUGUUAAUUGAAACUUAUUACGAUUUUCUGCAUGAAAUAAUUGUUUAAUUGUUGCUUUAAAUGUUUUUAGCACUAUGAAAUAGCAGAGUAUACCCCAUAUAUAAGCAGAUAUAUGUAUAUUAAAUAUCGAAUUAUGUAACUGUUACACAUUGUAUUUGGCAUAUUUAACUAUUUGUGUUAGCCCGAAGCCGCAGCUGGAGACGCUGCUCAACUACGAUUAUGGAACAUAUUGUUGACAAUAAUAUU